CCCGGAGCGAAGGAGGCGGGUUUUGGCCUCUAGCCCUUAGGAGCGAGUGCGGAGGGAGUGGGAGUGAGACGGGCCCGAGUGGAAGUGUCUGGCUCCCCGAAGAGGCCCCGCUGUACUCCUCGCUGCCCAUGCGCUCGUUCUCCAGCGAGCAGCGCCGUCGUUAGGCCGGUCCCGUCGCCUCUGCUUCCUCCGGAACGGGCCCACGUCUCGCCUGGGAGGGGGCAGCCCGUCGAGGCGCCUCCCUAGUCAGUGUCUGCGUCGCGCUGCGACCCUGGAAGCGGGAGCCGCCGCGAGCGAGAGGAGGAGCCCCGGCGGCGGCAGCGGGCGGCAGCACCAGCAGCGCCAGCGGGCGGGACCGAGGCCGUCAACAUGGCGAGCGCCUCGUACCACAUUUCCAAUUUGCUGGAAAAAAUGACAUCCAGCGACAAGGACUUCAGGUUUAUGGCUACAAAUGAUUUGAUGACAGAACUGCAGAAAGAUUCCAUCAAGUUGGAUGAUGAUAGCGAAAGGAAGGUAGUAAAAAUGAUUUUGAAGUUACUGGAAGAUAAAAAUGGAGAGGUACAGAAUUUAGCUGUCAAAUGUCUUGGCCCUUUAGUGAGUAAAGUGAAAGAAUACCAAGUAGAGACAAUUGUAGAUACCCUCUGCACUAACAUGCUUUCUGAUAAAGAACAGCUUCGAGAUAUUUCAAGUAUUGGCCUUAAAACAGUAAUUGGAGAACUUCCUCCAGCAUCCAGUGGCUCUGCAUUAGCUGCUAAUGUAUGUAAAAAGAUUACUGGGCGUCUUACCAGUGCAAUAGCAAAGCAGGAAGAUGUCUCUGUUCAGCUAGAAGCCUUGGAUAUUAUGGCUGAUAUGUUGAGCAGGCAAGGAGGACUUCUUGUUAAUUUCCAUCCUUCAAUUCUGACCUGUCUGCUCCCCCAGUUGACCAGCCCUAGACUUGCAGUGAGGAAAAGAACCAUUAUUGCUCUUGGCCAUCUGGUUAUGAGCUGUGGAAAUAUAGUUUUUGUAGAUCUUAUUGAACAUCUAUUGUCAGAGUUGUCCAAAAAUGAUUCCAUGUCAACAACAAGAACCUACAUACAGUGUAUUGCCGCUAUUAGUAGGCAAGCUGGUCAUAGAAUAGGUGAAUACCUUGAGAAGAUAAUUCCUUUGGUGGUAAAAUUUUGUAAUGUAGAUGACGAUGAAUUAAGAGAGUACUGCAUUCAAGCCUUUGAAUCAUUUGUGAGAAGAUGUCCUAAAGAAGUAUAUCCUCAUGUUUCUACCAUUAUAAAUAUAUGUCUUAAAUAUCUUACCUAUGAUCCAAAUUAUAAUUAUGAUGAUGAAGAUGAAGAUGAAAAUGCCAUGGAUGCAGAUGGUGGUGAUGAUGAUGACCAAGGGAGUGAUGAUGAAUACAGUGACGAUGAUGACAUGAGCUGGAAAGUAAGACGUGCAGCUGCUAAGUGCUUGGAUGCCGUGGUUAGCACAAGGCAUGAAAUGCUUCCAGAAUUCUACAAGACCGUCUCUCCUGCACUGAUAUCCAGAUUUAAAGAGCGUGAAGAGAAUGUAAAGGCAGAUGUUUUUCAUGCAUACCUUUCUCUUUUGAAGCAAACUCGUCCUGUGCAAAGUUGGCUGUGUGACCCUGACGCAAUGGAACAGGGAGAAACACCUUUAACAAUGCUUCAGAGUCAGGUUCCCAACAUUGUCAAAGCUCUGCACAAACAGAUGAAAGAGAAAAGUGUGAAGACCCGACAGUGUUGUUUUAACAUGUUAACAGAACUGGUAAAUGUAUUACCGGGGGCCCUAACACAACACAUUCCUGUACUUGUACCAGGAAUCAUUUUCUCACUGAAUGAUAAAUCAAGCUCAUCAAAUUUGAAGAUUGAUGCUUUGUCCUGUCUGUAUGUAAUCCUCUGUAACCACUCUCCUCAAGUCUUCCAUCCUCAUGUUCAAGCUUUGGUCCCUCCAGUGGUGGCUUGUGUUGGAGACCCAUUUUACAAGAUUACAUCCGAAGCACUUCUUGUUACUCAACAGCUUGUCAAAGUAAUUCGUCCUUUAGAUCAGCCUUCCUCGUUUGAUGCAACUCCUUAUAUCAAAGACCUAUUUACCUGUACCAUUAAGAGGUUAAAAGCAGCGGACAUUGAUCAGGAAGUCAAGGAAAGGGCCAUUUCCUGUAUGGGACAAAUUAUUUGCAACCUGGGAGACAAUUUGGGUUCUGACUUGCCUAAUACACUUCAGAUUUUCUUGGAGAGGCUAAAGAAUGAGAUUACCCGGUUAACUACAGUGAAGGCUUUGACAUUGAUUGCUGGGUCGCCUUUGAAGAUAGAUUUGAGGCCUGUCCUGGGAGAAGGGGUUCCUAUUCUUGCUUCAUUUCUCAGGAAAAACCAGAGAGCUUUAAAACUGGGUACACUUUCUGCUCUAGAUAUCCUAAUUAAAAACUAUAGUGACAGCUUGACAGCUGCCAUGAUUGAUGCAGUUCUAGAUGAGCUCCCGCCUCUUAUCAGUGAAAGUGAUAUGCAUGUUUCACAGAUGGCUAUCAGUUUUCUUACCACACUGGCAAAAGUGUAUCCCUCCUCCCUUUCAAAGAUAAGUGGAUCCAUUCUCAAUGAACUUAUUGGACUUGUUAGAUCACCUUUAUUGCAGGGGGGAGCUCUUAGCGCCAUGCUAGACUUUUUCCAAGCUCUGGUUGUCACUGGAACAAAUAAUCUAGGAUACAUGGAUUUGUUGCGUAUGCUGACCGGUCCAGUUUAUUCUCAGAGCACAGCUCUUACUCAUAAGCAGUCUUAUUAUUCCAUUGCCAAAUGCGUAGCCGCUCUUACUCGAGCAUGCCCUAAAGAAGGACCAGCUGUAGUAGGUCAGUUUAUUCAAGAUGUCAAGAACUCAAGGUCUACAGAUUCUAUUCGCCUCUUAGCUCUGCUUUCUCUUGGAGAAGUUGGGCAUCAUAUUGACUUAAGUGGGCAGCUGGAACUAAAAUCUGUGAUAUUAGAAGCCUUCUCAUCUCCUAGUGAAGAAGUCAAAUCAGCUGCAUCCUAUGCAUUAGGCAGCAUUAGUGUGGGCAACCUUCCUGAAUAUCUACCAUUUGUCUUACAAGAAAUAACCAGUCAACCCAAAAGGCAGUAUCUUCUGCUUCAUUCCUUGAAGGAAAUUAUUAGCUCUGCAUCAGUGGUGGGCCUUAAACCGUAUGUUGAAAACAUCUGGGCCUUAUUGCUAAAGCACUGUGAGUGUGCAGAAGAAGGAACCAGAAAUGUUGUUGCUGAAUGUCUAGGCAAACUCACUCUAAUUGAUCCAGAAACUCUCCUUCCGCGGCUUAAGAGUUACUUAAUAUCAGGUUCAUCAUAUGCCCGAAGCUCAGUGGUUACAGCUGUGAAGUUUACUAUUUCUGAUCAUCCACAACCUAUUGAUCCACUAUUAAAGAACUGCAUAGGUGAUUUCCUAAAAACAUUGGAAGACCCAGAUUUGAAUGUAAGAAGAGUAGCCUUGGUCACAUUCAACUCAGCAGCACAUAAUAAGCCAUCGUUAAUAAGGGAUCUUCUAGAUACUGUUCUUCCACAUCUUUAUAAUGAAACAAAAGUUAGAAAGGAGCUUAUAAGAGAGGUAGAAAUGGGUCCAUUUAAACAUACAGUUGAUGACGGCCUGGAUAUUAGAAAGGCAGCCUUUGAGUGUAUGUACACACUUCUAGACAGUUGUCUGGAUAGACUUGAUAUCUUUGAAUUUCUAAAUCAUGUUGAAGAUGGUUUGAAGGAUCAUUAUGAUAUUAAGAUGCUAACAUUUUUAAUGUUAGUGAGGCUCUCUACCCUUUGUCCAAGUGCCGUCCUACAGAGGUUGGACCGACUUGUUGAGCCAUUACGUGCCACAUGUACAACUAAGGUAAAAGCAAACUCAGUAAAGCAGGAGUUUGAAAAGCAAGAUGAACUAAAGCGAUCUGCCAUGAGAGCAGUAGCAGCACUGCUUACCAUUCCAGAAGCAGAGAAGAGUCCACUAAUGAGUGAAUUCCAGUCACAGAUCAGUUCUAACCCUGAGCUGGCAGCCAUCUUCGAAAGUAUCCAAAAAGAUUCAUCAUCCACUAACUUGGAAUCAAUGGACACUAGUUAGAUGUUUGUUCAACGUGGGGACCAUUACAUUGACCAUACAAUGCACUGAAUUGACAGGUUAAUCAUAAGACAUGGAAAGAGAAGUGUCUAAAAGCUUCAAAAUGUUCCACUUUUUUUUUUUUCCCUUCAUGGAGACAGUUUGGCUUUCUUCCAUUGUUGUUUGGUAGCAUUUAUUUCAGAAAUAUGUAUUUCCAUAAUCCAGAGGUUGUAAGACCACUAAUGUUUUAGUGGUUAAGGCAGCAUUUAAAAUGGAAACUAAAAGCUAGGAUUUAUGGAGUAUGGCGAUAGGGUCCAGUAUCUAUUUACCCUGUAAUGUGUAGGAUUAAAAUGUUAAAAUUUUGUGACCAUGAAUUUCUUUCUUUUAUAAAUUUUCUCUUAUUUAAAAAUCAAAAAUUCUGCAAGACAAAAA